GCGGCGCGGCCCAGCAUGCAGCGCGGCGCCGUUUGAAUGGCGCAGGCUCCGGGCGCUGGGCCGCGGCGGUAGCAGCGCUCUGUAGCUUCUUCUCUUCCCCUUCGGCGUGGGCCGGCCUGGUACGAUGAGCCGCGGGGAUUUGAGAGAUUAUGGCAUCUGAAGCCCACAAUGUUAGAAAACAGAAAGUAUUGCAUAUCGAAGGUCAUCCCAUUGAUCUCCCCAGGAAAAGAAUCUCUUCUUCCACUAAAAAGAUCAUGAAGGAGGGUAAGAAAUCUCCAAAACAGCUGGCUUCAUACACAAACAGAGUAACAGUUGGAAAAACGGUGACAAGUCCCCUCUCUCUUUUCAAAGUAGUAUAUUGUAAAAGAAAAGUUCAUUGCUAUACUCCAAAGCCUUGUUACAGAAAGAAACAGCUCCCUAAAUCUAGGGACUGUGACAUGGCAAAUAAAGAAAAUGAACUGGCUUGUGCAGGGAAUCUGCUAGCAAAACUGCACAAUAGUCGUACGUACUUCCUGAAUUCUAGCGACUCUGGCUCAUCUCAAACAGAAGGCCCUUCAUCCAAAUACAGCGGAUUUUUUUCAGAGGUUUCUCAGGACCAUGAAACUAUGACUCAAGUUCUUUUCAGCAGGAAUCUGAGGCUGAAUGUAGCUUUAACCUUUUGGAGAAGGAGGAGUAUAAAUGAACUGGUCACCUACUUAGUGAGGAUACAGGAUCUUGGAGUAGUAGUAGACUGCCUUCCUGUGCUUACAAAGAGUUUACAGGAAGAAAAACCAUUUAUUUCAGUUGGCUGCUGUGUAGAUCUUUUGCCUUUAGUGAAAUCGCUGCUUAAAAGCAAAUAUGAAGAAUAUGUGAUAGUUGGUUUAAACUGGCUUCAGGCUGUCAUUAAAAGAUGGUGGUCGGAACUAUCUGCACAUACAGAAAAGGCAGAGGAUGGAAAUAUUCAUAUUUUAAAACAAGAAUUAAGUGGUUUAUGGGAACAGCAGAAUCAUCUGACUCUGGUUCCAGGAUAUACUGGUAAUAUAGCUAAGGAUAUAAAUGCUUAUUUAUUACAGCUGCACUGACACGAUUGGGAAACUGUGCUUAUGUGGUGAAACAAUUCCCUGAGGUAUCCCUGAAAUACGUACUAUGUCUGAAAGCCUUUUGAGAAAUACUGGCAGAAGAGAACUGAACUGUCAAGCUGUUUAAUAAAACCACUAACAUCCUAACAAUCUACUUCACAUUGAAGUGGAAAAACGUCUAGUAGGAGCAACUUUUACUUCAGUGAGGUGAAAGUGCACUAUGAAAACUGUAUGCCUUUGCUGCAUUUGGGAUUCACUUAGUUACUAGGUAUUCAUUUAAAUGCUACUGUAUUUUACUACAACAUCGCAUAAAAGAUGAAUUAUCCUGUCAUGAAGCCAAGACAGCUGAACCAGUUACAAGGAAGCAACAAAAGCAAUCAGCAUUAAGAGCUUUUAAUCUUUCUUUCACAAGAGAACUCCAAAAUGCACAACUAUCUUCCAGUUACAUUAAAAAAAAAAAAACAAAACUUCAGAAUAUUCAAUUACUUCUCUGUUUUAGUCAAAUUAUUAAAGACAGUUUUUGUUUGCACUAUUGAGAAACUAUACAGCAAAGAUGCCUUAAUUACUAGUGUUUCAAAAAGCCAAUGUGUUAAGAUGCAGAUAGCUAUUACGUUCAGAUUGUGAUGAAAAACUACAAAAAUCAGGGUUUCACAUUGUGUAGUUAAUGAAACAUUGCACAUAUACAAAGAUUCAUGUAUGAAAAAUAUUAUAAAUACCUGAAGUUAAGCUUGGAUAAACAGUUAUUGCAAAUGUCAGCAGAAUGGUGACUUUGUCUAACAAAUGUUUUUAUAUUGUAUGUGGAUUUCUAACAUAGUAAUCUUGUUCUGUAUCAUUUAAAGUACAUGCAAAUAAGUAAAUAUAUUAAAUGUAUCUACUGUUUUUUCUUUUCAAGUUCAUAAAACAAUUUCUAGAGUAAUCUCUUCCACUGUACUUUUUAUCAUAGGUAUUUAUGUCUAUUGUUUGAAAUGUUUACAGCCAGAUGAGGCCAUGUUUUUCAAGCCGCACCCUUUUUAUACUACCUCCUUUAAGAAAAUGACAAAGAGCUUUUGCAAAAUUGAUCAAGUUCUAGCCUGAGCAAUGAUGGCAAUUUUAUACCAACAAUAGCAUUGAAAAUACAGCUAUAAACUCUUCUACUGUCCUUUUGCUAUCCUGUACUAUUUUAAUUUAAAAGCUACCGCUUAAUAGCUCUGAGGGAAUUUUGAUUUAGGCUUGCUAUUGCCUCUUUAUUUUAUGACUAGGAAUCACGCUUUUCCAAUUAAAACUUAUGAAGUGCCACCUGUUCACUUAAAACAUAAAUAUACAUGCAAAGCAUGUAUCACCAAAUAGUCUACUUCUUUAAAAAAAAUAAGUAUUUACAAGGGUUGUUUUCAUACCUAGCGUUAAGCAUGUGCACUUUUAUUGAUGUGCAAGAGAAAAGUCUUUUGAUAGCCCCAAGUGGUUUUUGCUUUACAGAUGAAAUAAAUGAAUUUUAAACUCUUGUAGUGGUCAAUAGCUUUAGGCCUCCUGUUGCUUCAUUUUGUAUUUAAUUUACAUAUCAUUAUUGCUGUCUUCUGAAAGCCAGCUAGAAAUAUAUCAUCAGAAUUUGGUGCUUCUGGUUAUUUGAAUAUUCUUUAAACCACCAAAGGUUUUGCACUUCCCAGCGCAGUCAGAGUUCUGGAACAUCCCAAAACAGAUAAAUCUAUGGGACAAUCUUGAGAUAUACACAGCCAAAUUCUUUUUGCUUGAAUUUUCAUGUACUGUUAGAGAUAUUUCACACUCGGAGUUUGAGAUAAAACUUACUGCUCUUCAAAUGUUCUUGCUGUCAAUUAAAAGUUUAAAGGAACUGUAUAUAGUAUGAUUCCAUUCUUGUAUUUACUGUUCUGUUGAGCACUUAAAUGUAAAAGUAAUAGAAGGACUAGCUUUAUAAUUUGGGUAGCAGCUGCUAAAACUCUGCAGUAUUCUCCUUGUGCAAUAAUCUAAAAGGUGAUGGAAAUUCAGAUCUUACUUUCUCUCUCUUUUUUUUUUUUUUUUAAUUUUAUUUUAAAUAGAAUGAAGUAACUCAUGGCCAUUUACUUCUGGUAAUAAUAAGAAGUAAUCAUUCUAACUGAUUAAAGUGAAAUACUCUAGUAUUCAAAAAUCCAGCUUGACUGUAGAUGUAAGUACAUGGGCUUGUAAUGAAUUCUGCAUGUGGCCAUGGAUUUAUUGAAUCGUAACUGUGGAUGGUGCUUUUGUUCUCGUGGCAAGGUAAGAUUGACUUGAGGAUCAUUCUUGAGAAAUAUCUACUAGAAUUAUGCAUUAUUUUUAACUGCCAAAAGUUGUAUUUUGACAGCAUAAAUAAUACAGUAUUAAACAUUAUGUCAUUAGUAUCUGUGCCUUAUUUUAAAUGAAUUUUCUUACUAUUUUCAGGCAGCUACAAGAUUUAUAAGAACAGGAUUCUGGUGUCUCCAUUAUGAAAUGAUUUUUCUGUCAUGAUCUUGAACUGAUUUAAACUAUUCACACUGACAUUCAAGCUCAGGUGCCUGUAUGCUCUUUAGUUCUCAAAUAGGAAGGACUUGGUUUUGCUAUAAUAGAAUGUAGGCGUAUGAUAGCUGCUCAAAGGUAACAUGAGUAAAAUGUCUUAAUAGCUAUGUAACUCCAGGAAAUCUGUGUAGUUGUCUCAGUGAAUCUAAGAAUUAAGAUUAUGAACAGUCAUGUGCACAAAUGCUAAUUUUAUGUGAUAAUUUCUCAAACUGCUGUUUCUAGGAGUGUCAAAAGAUCCAGAGAGAAUUAAUACUUUAUCCUGUAUGGUUUUGUGAUGCAGAAGCAUGAAUGUACUUGAGGAUAAAGGGUGACUCUGCAAAGCUGUUCUUCAUGUUAUACCCCUUGAUACAAAAUUAAUGUCUUUGAAAAAACUUUGGAAAAUUAAUGUCUUUUGCCUCCAUGUUCCUUGAGAGUACUUGAGGCUGUUUUGCUGAAAAGGCUUUUAUUUGAAGCAUGACCUAGGACUUACUCAUCCCCUAUGCUGAAAUUAAAGAAGCCUUCUGGUAAACUGCCUCUUUCUGCAUAGGUAAAAAAUCCUCCAAUGUUCUGUUGAUGUAAGAGUCAGGGUUUAGGUAUUGCUGAUAGCUUGCUGAAGAGUGGAGAUGGAAAAACCUACCCCAUUAAUUAGCUGAGUACAAAGAAGCUCGUGUAUCUUGACAAUUAUAUAUAGCUCCAUUUUUAAGGAGUUCCACUUAUUUCUUAGUGAAGAGUACUCUGCAACAAAAAAAAACAACAACAACAACAAAAAACAAAAAAAAAAAAACCAACAACAACAACAAAAAAAAAAAAACAAACAACAACAACAAAAAAAAAAAAAACAACAACAACAAAAAACCCCAAAAAACCAAAACUGGCAUCACCCCUACAGGAGCUUACCUUCUGCAGUAAGGUAUAAUUAGAAUGAUCUUCCCCUUUCCGUAGCCUGCCUUAUCGUUAUCAGAGGCUGCAGUUUUUGCACUUGGGGUGCAGUUUUUACGCUCCUGGGGUGCAGGAGGUAUGGGAGAGUAGGAAAGGACAAAAAAAGUACUGAUAUAGUGAGAUCAGUCCCACUGCAUUGUACCAUACCUGUGUUAAAGCUGGCUGUAUUUUCAUUUUCGGAUAUAUGAAGUGGGCAAUUUUGGAGUUACAGGUCUCUAUGCAUUUUGCAUUGAAGAAAUAAGUUUGAAGUGCUGAUGUGUGGUGUUUUGUUUGUUUUGUUGGGCUUUUUCUUGAAAUGGUGGAUGUUUUUGUGUGUAGAAACUUGAAGGUGUCUUGUGUAAAGCUUACAUUUUUUAGCUAGCAAGUGAUUGCUUUUGCCAGUUCAUCUUCCCAGAUCUUCCAGUUUUACAGAAGACUGAAUGUCUGUCUCAGUGUGGAAAUUUGCAGCUAUAUUUUGUGCCCAGUUUUCUAGUACAAAGGGAAACAGGUGGUUUGUAGUCAACUAUUUCAGAAUACAAAACCAUGCAAAUCAUGCUACUGGUGUGAAAUUAUUCCAACUUUUGUAUAAGGCAAAUUAGUUUAUGAAAGCAUUUGGUUCUUGUGUGAGGAACUUUGUUGAACUGAUGCUGCAUCAGGGGAGGGGAAAAAAAAAAAAAACCUGGUUUUAAUAGCCUUGGUAAAAGAUCAGACGGUGUAGUUUAAUUUGUCUACCUUUCUAUGCACAGUAGUCAUUGUAGGCUACAGAUAAUGAUUCACUGAGAGAAUAGAUAGAGUAUGCUUGUGUUGACAGUGCUUAUAUUAUACUACUAUAAACAAUUUGUUCUAUACUGGUUAAAUGGCUUGGUUUAUAUAUUAGAACUGAGACUAAAUACAAGUAUUGAUUUUCUCCCUCCUUUCAUUCUUCAACACUUAAUGAUGUUAUUGCUUCCUCUUCUGGUUGAAACAUACUGUGAGUAUUGUUAGAAGAGAGGAGGAUGAAAAUUCUCAAUAAAACUGAGGACUAGCUAUUUAACAUUACUCACUUUUAAGCAAUUGUGAAGAUUUUUCCCUCUAAAACUUUUCACACAGAUUUUGUUAAUACCUACUAACUGAAGUGGGUGCUCAUGGCUGCAGGUUUGAGUUUGAACUUGAUUGGAAAAAAUAAAGUAUAAAAAUAAAGCAUAACCAUAGCUGCAGGAUUUUUUUUUUCUACGGAGUACCAAGCUGGGCUCUGAUACAAACCUGCUGUAUGGGAGGCAGGAGGUGUAGCACUGUUCCUUAAUGGGAUAGAAUAGAAAUAAUCACAGAGACUUCAACUGUUGCAGAAUAUUUUUGUUUCCAUACUGACUAGAUUUUUGUAGUAUAUCUGUAUAUGUAGAUUGUAGUUGCUGAUCACAUUGCUAUAAAAUGAGGUCUGCCGAUUUGGGUUGAAUGUGAUACCUCAUUUCAGAUUCGUACAGAUCACUGCUUCAGUUCACUCGGUCAUUACUUGAACUAUAGAUGAACAACUAUGGGGUCUUGAACAUCUGUACUUUGCUGUAACAAAAUACAAGGAUGCCAUAUUUGUGUUUUCCACCCCCACCCCCCUUAAUUUUGGUGCUUAAAGCCAUUUGAAUUCCCUUUGGGAAGUGAUAGCUUCCAAAACACAUGAUGAAAAUGGCUUUACAAUUUUUUUUUUUUUUUGUAAGCACUAUGUAUAUUGUGAAACAACUAAAACAAAUCUAAAUAUCAAGAUAAUGUUACAUUCCACGGCUGCCUGCUUUUGUGGGUGUAAGUGUUGGAAUACAUAUACGCCCUGGCAUCAUACUUUAAAGUGACCUGCAGACAGUUUCAAAUAGCUCUUGUAAUUUAGGUUGAUGGCUCUUUUUCAAGUUGUAUUUAAUCUACUGAGUUUCACUUUCAGAAAGUCUGAAUUAUGUUUGGAACUUGCAGUUGCCACUUUCACUCUUGCUUCAGGUAUUCUAUGGAUGGAAAGACUUGGUACAAUUUUCAGCUUUAGAAAAAUGGCUGGUCUUUUUUGUCACAACAGGCUUUCAUUACGCCUCUCUUCUGCACGAGGCAAACUUGUUUUCUGCAAGAGUUAAAUCAUUUUUAGAGACACUUUCAGAGGAGAAUUGCCACAUCCAAGAAGCCUGUGGCAUGUUUGAUUCUAAAUGGAGGAGAAGUUGCACAAAUACAGUCAGCUGUUGGGAGAAUGCAUUUCAUUACUGUUGAGUUUUCUUAUCGCAUGUGAAUCUGCUGUGCUAGUAUCUACCUGGUCUAGAUAAAAGUGGAAUGAUGGAUUAUUGGGGAUUUGAAGUCAUAACAACUUUUCACUGUAAGAAACCAAAAUUGCUAUUUCCAUGCUGAUGAAACUGCUACAAUGAAUGCAGAAAGGAACUAUUUGUUGUGUGCUUGGUUUGAAGAGCAGAAAUCUCUGUAUGUCUGCUAAUAGUACUUUGUUUUCAAGCUGAAAGACAUAGACAUCUAUGUGUGUUUAAAACAACGAAGUUUCUGACUGAAAAGGAAAAAAACCCAUGCUGUGUUAGUUCAUUUCUGGAUGACUGUGCCACCCCCUGUUCCAGCUGCAGAAAAAAGUAAAUAAAAUUCUAAAAAUAUAAUGAACCAU